GUCCUCAUUGGCUGUGUCACUGUAAUCAGCAGAGGAGAUGAGGACAGCGUGUUGACAGCGCUAUCAACCUGUUAUUCAUGUCUACGCUAUUCUUCUAAACCUUUAUUAGCGUCCUCGUCUAAUGUUCAUUGUUAUUUGAAUUCAUCCGCUUUCUAGACCGGGCUUUGUGUGUAGUUUUUGCGACGGGAAGCAUGUUUUUGUGUCGUGGAGCUAGGCUGUCGGCCACGGCGUUGGGUUUAAACUCCACGACCAGGAGGACAGCGGCGCAACUUGAAACCCACAGACCAGCUGACGUUACCUGGCCGUUGCGUAACAUACAUACGUUCAAUUGCUCCCGAGCGUUUUGUGGACAUGUCCGUGGUGGUCGGGACGGUUCUGCACUUUCACCUGAUGGACAGCGAGAAAAGAGGGAGAAGGACAUGUUUUCCAUCAAAAACUGGGACUCGGUUCGUUUCAUAAUCACGCAUCGGGAACAAUUACCUCGUGUAACCCUGUUCGCUUUUAAUUUCUCCAACAAAACUAUCUUCAGCCCUACAUAUUGUAACACUAGCUUACCGCUACAUCGGACGACAGGAGGCCAAAACAGACAGAAACGACAUAUAGAUGGACGUGAAGCUGUUUUGUUGACGUCUGGUGCGAAGGUCUGCAGGCAUCGCGUCUGUCCCACAUCGACUGUACCAAUGAGGGGUCUGUCCUCUGUUGCUGCCGCGCCGAAAGGCCUGGAAGACCCGACCGCAGUUCUCAAAGGGGACCAGACUCCAAAGGAAGCCUCAGCCAAGGUCCCUGAGGAGCCCAAGGUACCGGAGCCCGAAGAGGACAAACCUAGCAAGGCCCAGCAGCUGAAGAAGGUGUUUAAGGAGUACGGAGCAGUUGGAGUCUCCUUCCACAUAUGCAUCUCCCUCAUGUCUCUGGGAAUGUUCUACCUUGCUGUGUCCAGUGGGAUUGACAUGGCUGCCAUCCUGUACAAGAUAGGUUUUAGUGAAUCUCUGCUUCAGUCCAAGUUGGCGGCGGGGACCAGUACGUUUGUCUUGGCGUACGCCGUCCACAAGCUCUUCGCUCCUCUCCGUAUCAGCAUCACUCUGGUGUCGGUACCUCUCCUCGUUCGGUACCUCAGAAAGACUGGCCUCUUCAAGACCCCCACCUCCCCCACACCCUGAUUGGCAGAAA